AUGGCCCAAUCUGCACCUUCAGAUACCGCCCUCACGGCAUCCUACUCUUCUCCCGACAACGCUCCCUUUAGCAUCACCGAGUCCAUCUCCGCGCCACCUGCCCUCGAUACGGCCAGCAAGUCCAAGUACCUCGAAUCUCUACGCGCCUCCAUCGGUACAGCCCAAGACCAAAUCAACAAAGAGCUCACGACCCGCAUGGAAGAAGAUAAAGCGCGCGAAGAAGCCGCCGGCGCCGUACACACCGUAGACGACGAAAAAGAAGAGGAAAACUACGGCGAGGAGGUCCAGGAGGAGGAGGAUUAA